AGAUGAAGCUUUGAAAAGCUCAGAGGUAAAACUUUAAUGAUUCCCAGCCUUCGAUGUUUCCAGCAUCCCCUUGUUUUCACUAUAAUGAGCACAGCCAAUCACCAAUCUGGAUUCUUGCCACCUUUGAGAACUUGAUAACAACGGUGUCUGGUCUGUGAUGCGGCAAAGUGGGGAGAGACGAAACGCACUGCAACUUCGCUCCACGCUGGAAAGUCAUAUCUCAGCCUACUUCUGUGGCAAGAACGCAGAAGUGACAUAUUUUCUGUGAUCUAGCUUACAUUCAAUAAUGGUUGGCUGGUCUGUCAACCUCCUGGGCUUAAGAGUCUUCGUUUCUUGCAUAGGACUUGUGGGUAAUUUAUUUCUUAUACUCUCCAUCAUUCAGACCAACUUCUCCCAAAUUAAAUCCUUUGAGGUGUUUCUCUUGGGACUGGCUGCAGCCAACCUGGUGGACAUUGUCAUCGUGAACAUCUAUGAUAUUAUCAUCUUCCAGACUUCCUCCACCACCACCACCGGCAGUUGGUUGUGUCACUCACUCAAGUUCCUGACUGUGUUUGGUGAAAUUACCAGCAUCCUCUUCACUGUCCUCAUCAGCAUCUUCCGCUACUUAAAGCUGAGAGACACCGACAAGAGGGUCAACCUCCCAAUCUGCCUGGACAGCGUCAGGUCAGCUUGGACGGUGAGUGGGGUUUGUGUGAUGCUAUCCACGCUAGUGAGUCUCCCCAUUUUUGUCAUAAACCUUCAAGACCCUGCAGAAAACGUCACAAGAAGCAGCAGUGGCUGCCCUCCAGACUUCUUUCAGUGUAGUAAAAAUGAUUGCCCCAUACUCAACCGCUUUUACAAAUACCUGUUCAUCCUGGUGUGCAACCUGCUGCCUCUGAUCAUCGUCACAGUCACCGGCUGCCUCAUCAUCACAGUGCUGCUGAGCCAGAUGAAGACGGUGACACCAGCGGUGAGCGGGUCAAGCCAGUUCGGCAGGAAGAGCAAAAGUCUGAGGCGCCAGCGAAGUACGAUAGCUGUACUGGCAGCUAUGGUGUUGUUCCAGGUAGACUGGACUCUCUACCUGAUCUUCCAGCUGACCUUUAGCCCCACUGACUUUCCUUUUUGGGCUGAAAUGCAGUUCUUUGUCUCAACUUCCUAUACAUCCAUCAGUCCGUAUGUGUAUGGGAUAGGGAAUAACCUGUUCUCUCUCAAUAACUUUAUAAAGAAGUAAUUUAAAGCUUUUCUUCAGACCAAACUUGUUUUUAAAAUGGUGGUGAGCUCUUGUUUUUAGUGACAAAAUAUAAUUAAGCAGAAACAAGUCACCUACGUUUUUUGCUUGCCAAUAAAAAUGCUUUUUUAUAAUUACAUGUUAUAAACUGACAAUGCUAUUAUGUCACUAAACUCAGUUAGUUCACGGAAAGAAGAGGUUUACAUCUUGUUCACCUUGCGCUGACCUUUCUUGCUCAAGUAAUUUCCCUUUCAUCAGAUUCCAGCUUUGUGUUGCAAUUUUAGACCUUCAUUUAAAUCUAGUAUGAAAUUAAAAAGUUAGACUUUGGAACAAAUUUUUGCAAUUUCUUUUUAAUCAAAAGUAGUUUUCAGUCCCACAGUUAUAUGUAAAAAAAGAAAUGUCAAUCAGCCUCAUAGCAGCCUCAUGGCUUUUUGAAUGACAAAAGCACUAAGCACUUCAUUCUUUAGGCUGAAGAACAAAAUGUGUUCCUGGCUCUCUUACAGCCCGGCAGUUAGGAGGAAGGCGAGCAAACCUCAUGCGGUGUAGUGUAAGCCCAGUGUAACAAGCCUUUGCUUCGCUCUGAUAAAUGCAAACUCACACUUUGCCUUCUUUUUCAAUGCAAUUCUACACAUAACAGCUGUAUUUGUAUAUGAACUCUAGUGCACAAACAAACCAACAUGACCCGUGUGUACAGUAUACAGUAAGUAGAGUGAAGAAGCAAUUCUGAUCCCCACACCGUCUCACACAAAGAACCAACAGUGAUAACCUUUCUCUAGUCUCUACUCUCAUUGGAAUGUAAACACAGUUGUUUUAUAUUUGUGGAUAAGAUGUGCAGUUGUGUGCGCCAUGUAGAUGUGUCACUGAACACUGAAGGGAUCAUUUAUUGACAUCCCGCUCCCUUACGUGAAAAGUGUGUCCUCAUGCAUUAAGACUCUUGGUCUGUAAGUUUAGGAGGACAUUUAACAUCAUUUAAAUAUAUGUAUUGAUUCUGUUUCGACAUGAGUCACGUGCAGGAUAAAUCUUGUGGUUAGGCUUUGUAAGACUCACUGGCUCCUGUUGAACGUGAAAGUUAUUAAAGGUCACAUGUACGUCAUAGUGGCCUAAUGAGUCUGACUGUGACCAGUUUAGUUAGAUGAAUUCAGAUGUAGGUGAUCGGAGGUUGAUAUUAAAUCUCUCUUAAUAAAUGUGCCUUUUGAAUUUUAAAUUAUCUAUAAAAAUAACUACAGUGAAUGUGUAAAAUGCUUCAGCAUCCUACAGCAAACUUUAACAUUAACUGUACAGCCCCAAAUUACAUGAAAUACCAUAGAAAAUACUGCAGAGUCAAUAAUACCAUGAAGUAAACUGAGCAGAGCCUGGCUGCAUGUGAAGACAUUAUUCUUCUCUGUCUGACAUCUUAAUUUGGGCCUUAAAUGUAAUCCUGACAAAAUAUGAAUCACUUUUAAAUUAUGUAUGUCCACAGUCUAAAUUCAAAAGCAGUCCCUCAUUAACACUGGUUUUAAAAUGUUGAUGAUAGACUAAAUAUUAUGCCUGUUCGUGGUCAUUUUAAACUUGGUUUGACAGUUGUGACAGAACUCACAAAGGCCAUACAAAGUCUGUGCACUAUUCUAUGUCCGCCCUGCCGCUCCUGAUUAGUGACAUCGCAAUCGGGUAGCCGUCAGUACAUACUUUAUUGUUUGUUAUGUAAGAUGUAAAAUAACAAAGACAGGCAUAUUAAAGAGUUCUUGCACUGGCCUCUAUAUUUUCUGCAGAUAUUUAAAACACACAGCACAAUCUACAACUUAAGAGUAAGAUAAACUUCAGAAUGUAUGCAGUGUCACAAGAUGGGAGCAGCAACCUUAAGUGUGGUGGCUUAAUAGUAAGAAUGUGUUUUCUUUCAUUCUAUUAGGCCUAUUAUGAAAAAUAAAUGAAAUUCAUUUAGAUUGUCAGACUUUCACAAAAUAAUGUGAAGCCACCUGGUGUUGUAGCCUUGUAAUUUAAAUUGUAAUGUUCAUAUUUUAAAUCAUACAAACAUUUUAAAUCCAAUUAAGUUGUACAAUAAACACAUUCAUGCUUAUCCCAUAAUAAAUGUCUGUUAUUCUGAAAACAUUUCCUCUUACUGGAUAAAUUGGAAAAAUGACUUCGGAUGUUACUGUAAUAUUAAGUCAUUUUAUGGCAGGUCACUGCCAGAUGUUGUUUUGUAUAAUUGCGCAUUGUCUUAAUAUGAAACGUGUAAGUUAUG